AUCUAUAUAUAUACAUCUAAUAGCAGUUUUGUGUAAGCAAGACCUAGUCUAUAGUCUAUACCCUCCGCCAUAGGUAGCUGUGGUGCAUCGAUCAAAUCAAAACAGAUAUUUUCUCUUAUAUACAUACCGUGACAGCAAUGGUUGUGGCUUCUCCAACAUUCAGCAAGAUAAGUUCCAAUAAUACAAAGGCAAUGAGAAUCCCAACCAUUGACCUAUCCAUGGAAAGGUCACAGUUAUCGCAAACUGUGGUGAAAGCCUGCGAGGAAUACGGUUUCUUCAGAGUGGUUAACCACAAUGUGCCGAAGGAGGUUAUUGCCAGAUUGGAAGAGGAAGGUGCAGAGUUUUUCUCAAAAUCCAGUCACGAGAAGCGUCGGGCUGGGCCCGCGAGCCCAUUCGGUUACGGCUUCACCAAUAUUGGGCCCAAUGGAGAUAUGGGUGACCUGGAGUAUCUUCUGCUUCGUGCUAACCCUCUCUCCAUCGCUCAGAUAUCCAAAACCAUCGCUAACGACUCCACCAAGUUCAGUACGGUGGUGAAGGAAUACGUGGAAGUGGUAAAAGAAGUAACGUGCGAGAUUCUAGAUCUGGUGGUUGAGGGAUUAGGGGUCGGAGACAAGUUUGGUCUUAGCCGUCUCAUCAGAGAUUAUGAUAGUGAUUCUGUUCUAAGGAUGAAUCACUACCCUCCAAUGAAGGUGAAGCGGAAGGGUAAGAAGAAUAGCAUUGGUUUUGGGGCGCAUUCUGACCCUCAGAUGUUGACCAUCAUGCGCUCCAACGAUGUGGGUGGCCUUCAAAUUUACACCCGUGACGGACUAUGGCUUCCUGUCCCUCCUGAUCCCACUAAUUUCUUUGUCAUGGUUGGCGAUGUCUUGCAGGUUAUGACAAAUGGAAAGUUCAUGAGCGUGAGGCACAGGGCAUUGACGAACACAUUGGAGGCAAGGAUGUCAAUGAUGUACUUUGCAGCGCCGCCACUUGAUUGGUGGAUUGCUCCUCUACCGGAGAUGGUGUCGCCACCAGAAAAUGAAAGUGUGUAUAAGGGCUUCACAUGGGCCCAGUACAAGGAAGCAACAUAUUCUUUACGCCUUGGGGAUUCACGACUUGAUCUCUUCAAGGCCCACUUAGAUACCCAUCUUCUCUCUUCCUCUCAAUCUCAGUUUCAAUGUUGAUAUCAUGACUCAUGACUUGACUUGGGAUUAGUAAAGACUGGGUAGCUUUUUUUCUCCUUUUUUUUUUGGUUUGGAGUAUUUUUAUAUUCUUUUAGAAGUUCAAGUUAAGGAUUUCUUUGUUUACAAUUGAAAGUGUCAAUUGAA